CGCGCCGUGUGGCUAACCCACAUGCUUAGCGUCAGCGGGUACUAGCAGCCUUCCCGACAUCCCAGCGGGUACUAGCCAGCACAGCAAAGCAAGCACGCGCCUCGCGAUUUCGGCUUUUCAGGGGGGGAUAUGCUCUGCGCUGGCGCGGUCGCAACCCGCAGCCGGAGCUGAACGCGGUCGCAGCCGCAGCGGCCGAUGUGCAAGCCCAGGCCCGGCUCCGGCGCGGCGGCGUCGCGGCCCGCGGCGGCCCCCUCGUCCCGCCGCUCCCCCUCCAACUCGUCCUCCGCCAAGCGCCGCCUCGCCGCGGCCGGCGACUCCUCCGCCACCGCCUUCACGUCCUCCUACUCGGGGGCGGCGCCCUCCGGCGCGGGGACGGGCAGCGGGCCGCGGCGCGGCGCCACCUCGUCGUCCUCGGCCUCGUCCGCGUCCUCCGGCCGGGCCUCCCUCGCCGCGGCGCGCGCCUCGCUCCCGGACCCGCCCGUACUCUACCCGUUCCAGGAGCUCGCCGCCGCCACCAACAGCUUCCUCGCCAAGCGCGCCGGGGGCGGCGCCUACUGGCUCUGCUCCCUCCGCGGCCGCGACGCGGCGCUCGUCCAGCUCCCGCGCCGCCCCGGCGCCGCCGUGGACGCCGCCGCGCUCGCCCGGGUCGGCCGGUACCACCACACCAGCCUGGCGCGGCUGCUGGGCGCGUGCCCCGCGGGCGCGCACCUCUACCUCGCCUACGAGCUCCCGCCGGGCGCCGCCACGCUGGCGGCGUGCCUGCGCGGCCCGCGGAACCCCGGCUUCACCGCGCUCCGCACCUGGGUCUCCCGCGUCCAGGUCGCCGCCGACGUCGCCCAGGGGCUCGAGUACGUCCACCACCACGCGGGCGCCGUCCACGGCCGCGUCUCGCCCUCCGCCGUGGUCGUGUCCGACCCGGGCCUCCGCGCGCGGUUCACCCACUUGGGCGCGGCCGAGUUCGCGGCCCCUGCCGACGCCCGGGAGGCCGGCGAGUCCCCCUACGCGGCGCCGGGCUCGGGCGAGCCGUCGCGGGAGGCGGACGUGUACGCCUUCGGGGUGCUGCUGCUGGAGUUGCUCUCCGGGGAGGAGCCGGCGAGGUACCGCUUCGACAGGGGCAGCAAGGAGUUCCUGCGGGUGUCGGUGCUCGAGACGGCCGCGGCGGCGGUGGCUGGCGGGAGCGUGAGGGGCUGGGUCGACAGGAGGCUGGGGGAUUCGUUCCCCGUGGCGGCAGCGGAGAGGCUGGUGGAGGUGGCGCUCCGGUGCGCGUCGGCGGAGAACCGGCCGGACAUGACCUGGGUCGCGGGGAAGGUGUCCAAGGUUUACCUCGAGUCCCGGGCGUGGGAGCAGAAGGUCCAAGUGCCCACCGAGUUCUCCGUCUCGGUGGCGCCGCGGUGAACCAAGCCAGCGCGACCACGCGCCGACAUCGCCGGCGGCGAACCGAUUGCCCUUUUCAGCUGGGGUGCGGCUUUGUGGCUCGACCGUGGGUGGACUCGUGGUAGUGGGGUUGGGGAAUGUAGGCAAACCGAAAUCCAUAGGAAAUUUAUUGAAGUCCUUCUGAAAUUUCAAAUC